AUGGGAGAGUUUUCCCUGGUAAACAAUGCUUUCGAGACUUGUACUGUUGCGGAAGAUGUGUACAAGCUUGGUCUUUGUUUGUUGGUUGAGGGGCAACUGAAUGCCAUAGAGGACAAGUUGCAUAUAUGGCAAGAUAUUCUGAAGAUGGUUGAGGACGUAGACUACUUCUUCAACUAUCCAUGGGGAAAUACUCUUAUGAAAGGCUUUUACAAGGGAGAUCUUCCUCUUUAUCCCGGGCUUGGCAAAGAUCCCGAGGAGGCUGAUGAGGAAGAGGAUACGACUUUUGAGAAAUUCGUUGAGAUAGUUUCUCAAGUAGCCGAGGCAGCAAAGAUAUUUGAUGAUGAUGUCCCGAAGGAGGAGGAGGAGGUUGUAGGUCUCACCCCUCUUGUUGCCCUAGCUACAGCUCUAGCCUCAGCCCCACCACCAGCCCCAGCCUCAACCCCUGUGCUAGCCGAGUUGAUUGAGUGGUUUGGCACCAUCGAACAACAGUUUCUAGCAUCUUGGGGAGGAGUUGAGGAUGUAUAUUGGUGCCAGAACUAUGAACAACAACAUUGGUUAGCCAUUGAGGCUUCUAUUUCUAGUUGGACUCUCACUAUUUAUGAUUCAGACAUCUCGGUGAUUAGUGACGCAAAGAUAGAGGAAAUUAUGAAUACAUGGUGCUUGUUGCUUCCUUCUCUAUUGAUGCAGAGUAAACUGUUCACUGAUAGCUUGAUGUUGAAGAUUCCUGUUGUAGGAAAGAGGCCGCAUCAGUUCACAUGGUGUCGCAAAAUGAAACACGAGCUCACUCAGUUAAAGGGAAGGUGGAAUUGUGGUGUGUAUGUUUUCAAGCAUAUUGAGCAUCUCAUGGUCGGCCUUUCAUUGGAAACCAUCUGCGAGGAAAAUAUAGAGGUGUUCAGGAACAAGUGGACCACAAACUUGUGGUAUCAAUUUUUUUUACCUUGA